AUAGAUAUAUUAUAUAUCUAUGCGUGCGAUCUGCGCCGUUUCUAUAAACGACGCUUUGAACGUAGCCUAACCGCAGCGUGAUAUAGAUACAACUCGUACAACAUACAACUUCUUGGCGUCGCCUGAAUUGCUUGGAAUUGCUUACUAUAUCCGUUACAAUGGUUGUUUGUUCUCUAACACAAGAUGUUCUUAAUCAUCUGCGUGCAAAGUUUUAUGCCGACGACCGUAACGUGUUAGCGCAAAAUGUCUGCACGAAAAUGAAUCCUAUUGAAGCCUGCUCCUCGAGGAAGAUUUUAGAGGAGACCAGUCAUGUUUUCACUGAUAAGAUCGAGAUUGAAGGCAAACCUGUAACUAAUCAGAAAAAUUCUGGAAGAUGCUGGUUGUUUGCUAUCUUAAAUGUCAUGAGGACUAGCUUCAUGAAAGAAUAUAAUUUAGAUGAGUUUGAGUUUAGCCAGGCUUACUUGUUUUUCUGGGAUAAAGUAGAACGUUGCAAUUAUUUUUUGCAUAAUAUCGUGAACACUGCAAAACGCGGCGAACCGGUUGAAGGCCGUUUAGUUAACUUUUUAUUGACCGAUCCGACUUCCGAUGGCGGCCAAUGGGAUAUGAUUGUAAACCUGAUAACUAAAUACGGUGUUGUACCAAAAUCAUGUUUCCCAGAAUCGUACAGUUGCGAAGCCAGUGUUCGCAUGAAUAGUUUGUUGAAGAGUAAACUAAGAGAGUAUGCUAAAGCUCUGCGAAACAUGAUUGAGAAUGGUGCUUCUGAUGAGGAAUUGAAGACGCGAAUAAGCGAGCAGAUGACUGUGAUUUACCGAAUAAUCGGCAUUUGUUUGGGUAUACCCUCUGAGAAGAUUGUAUGGGAAUACUACGAUAAAUCGAAGAAUUACAAUCGUAUAGGACCCAUUACUCCAUUGGAGUUUUAUGAGAUCUAUGUGAAACUACAUUACAACGUGGACGAUAAAAUAUGCUUGGUGACCGAUCCCCGGCCGGGUAAUCCUUACGGGAAAUUAUAUACCGUGGAUUGUUUGGGAAAUGUUGUAGAUGGAAAAACUACUCGCUACAAUAAUCAACCAGUUGAAUUGCUGAUGAAACUAUGUGCACAGAGUAUUCAAGAUAACGAGCCCGUUUGGUUUGGUUGCGAUGUUAACAAAAGAUUAAUAGAUAAGCAUGGUAUCCAUGAUUUAAAAACUUAUAACUUUGAGCUGAUGUUUGGCACGGAUAUUCAUCUUGGACUUUCUAAGGCUGAUAGACUGCUUUAUGGUGAUUCCAUGAUGGUGCAUGCAAUGAUUUUUACAGCUGUUUCAAUAGAUCUUCAAAAUGGUAAGAUAAAGAAGUUUCGGAUAGAAAAUUCAUGGGGUGAGGAUCAUGGGCAAAAAGGUUAUCAGGUCGUAUCCCCUGAAUGGUUCAGCGAAUUCGUCUUUGAGGCGGUUGUAGAUAAAAAAUACGUACCUGAGGACGUGCUUGCUGUAUUUAAUCAGGAACCUAUCGUUUUACCUGCCUGGGAUCCCAUGGGCACACUCGCUCAUUGAUGUUAAAGUAGAUUUAAUUAAAUGCAGUGGUAAGCUGUUUUAAUUUACAGAUGAAAGAUUUGAGGCAUAAUAUGAAGAAUGAAAUAUUUAAUAAAAAUUCGAUACAGCGAGUGUACAAAAUAUAGAUAUUUUAUACCUUACAAGAGAAUGUAGUAGUAUUGAUAAGUGGCUUCGUCAUUUAUAUGAAUUUCAAGUCUAUCUCUUCUUUAUUACAUAUAUGAAGGCAUUGUUUAGGUCAAUUAUCAAGACUGAAUGCAUGAGUUACCAUAUUUGAAAUUAUGAAUUAUAAAUGGUUAUUAUUUUUUUUUACACGUGCAUAAAACUGCAGUUUCUAAUCAUUCGUGUAACAUUUGCUAAAUCAUUCCAAUAUUUCUUUUUUAAUGCGAUAAACUACAUCAACCUCUCAAAACCAAAAAUAAAUAUUCAAACCAAACAAUUUUAUAUAUUAUAUUACAUACUUACAAGUUGAAGAAUUUUCGUUAUCUAAGUAAGUGCAGCAAUGUAUGAUGUAAUAUAGAGGAAUUUGUACCUCUGUAUAUGUUAAUUUUUAAAUUACAUGCACAUAUUACAACAUAAAGCAAUAGAUGAAUUAUAAAUAUAUAUGCGCGUGUAUGUAUAAAUAGAUAUGUCAAAUUUAUAAUAAAUACUUGCCAAUGAUUGAUGCAAAUGUUUGCUCAA